CGUACUCUGUUGUAUCAAUAUCCGUUCUUUUUCUCUCCUCUCUUAUUCUUCUUUCUCUUCUUCUUCUUCUUCCGUAUAGUAGUAGUAUUGCCAAGACUACUGUGUCUUAGCCGGCUCAUCACGGAUGUUCAAGGUAUCCGGAUGGGGGUUGACAUUGCCAAGGCCCUGCGUGAGACGACUAACACCUUGGGAUGAUCAGCUAGUCUGGUAAAUACUACGGCACAAUUUCUGAUUUGUUUUCUCGUUCCCCUGGUAUUAUACUUCCUCCAGGUGGCACUUUUUUUUCCAUUACAUUUGGCGGCUUGUCCGUUAAUGUGAAGAAGAAAACAUGCUGGCUUUGCCUCUUUUUAUCUCGUCUCUUUUCGUUAUUCUCAUCGCCCUCCUCCUCGUUUGUUUUUGUCGAUGGGCGCACGACCGGUUCACUAGUCAGUCAUUCAUCGAUGCGCAGGGACCGCGAUGGCGGUUUGUACUAGGUGUUUCCUGUGUGAUAUGAUAUGGUCAUGAUGUAGUGGCAGGCUUGAGACGGAUGUGGUAAAGGAGUUGGGGCGGAUGUGGUGGU